AUGGGAUUAGCUUCAAAGAUAGCCUUGUCACGUCAUCAGCUAAACGUUGUCGGUUCGGAACGCCUUUUAUUGGCCAUUGACAAAAGACCUAGUAAUCAGCCUUUGAUUACAGUCAGCAAUCACCAUUCGUGUCUUGACGAUUUUUUCUUGUGUGGUUCGUUGCUUAAACUUAGGCAUUUUGCUAAUGUAACCGUAUGUCGUUGGUGCUUGACAGCUGUAGAUAUAUGUUAUACAACUUCGCUUCAUACCAACUUCUUCUUCUGGUUCAGAGGAGUUCCUAUAUGGCGAAGGGUUCGUGAUCCGCUAUCUGGUAAAAUAACUCACUUUGGUGGGGGGGUUUAUCAACCUAGUAUGGAUUUUUGCAUCAAUUUACUAAAUUCUGGCCAAUGGGUACAUGUAUUUUCCCAGGGGAGAAUUAUUCAACCUCAUGAACGUGGUUCUGAAAAAAAUAUUCGCCUGCGUUGGGGAAUCGGACGAUUGAUAGCCGAAUCAAAAGAAGAUCCACUUGUAAUUCCUGUUUGGCAUUGCGGUCUAGAUCAACUAAAUCCUUCUGAGGUUCCGAAUACGUCUACUACGCUGUCAUGUAUAUUUGGAAAACCGCGUCAACUGACUGUUGUAGUAGGUAAACCAAUCGAUACCCAUGGUUUACGUGAAGAAUUAAAGAAUAAUUCAUCUGAAUAUUUGGCCUCAUCAGAAUUUCGUUCACAUAUUCACUCUGUGUAUACUCAGGUUGUCCAAGAACAGCUAUAUAAACUCAAAGAAGAAGCCGAAUGUGAGCAUCAAAGACUAAAUCUGAUCUAA